CCAGUCCGGCAGCGUGAUGUUCUUACUGAACCGACAGCUGAUACUGGGGGCUAAAUUUCUCCUGGAAACAAAGUCUGCAUUUAAACUGUGAGUGUAAAUGAUGCUCAUGUCAGUUUAUGUGCAGCUCUGCAACAGUUUGACCGGCUAACAGCUGAAGCUAAUUCGUGGACUUUGGCAGACUUCAUUCUUUGUGGCACAAGUGUUUAUUGAGUGGAGGAGCGUAAGUUGGGGGGAUCAAGCCUUGGUAGAAACGCUGCUGCUUGUAGGGCGAAUUGCUCCUGUAAUAUUUACUUUAAAAGCAAAUGGAGCAAAAUCCUGAGGUUCGGCUAACGGUGGCUCGAUGUUUCCGGACACUCAAGUCAUCCACGGACAGUUCAGACGUCAUCGCUGCUCUUCAGAUGCUCCACUCCUUCUUGGAUGAAGGACCGGAGGGCUCAGCCACCUCAGCGGAGCGGACGGAGUUCAGGAGAGCUCAUUACACUUCUGCCCUGCAGCUCCUUGUCAGCAACAUUCAGGCUGACUGGUCACACAAGCUCACGGCAGCGCAGCGCGCAGAGCUGUGGGACGACCUCUUCCUCAAAGGCCCUCCAGAGCAGGCGCUCCUGGUGUUGAUGGAUGCCAUAGGAGAGCUCAGACCCACCUCAAAUCUGGACCACGUGGUCAGCAUCACCGAGAAGUUCCUUCAGCGUGGUCGUCUCGCUGAGCUGCUAUGGUCCUAUUGUCUGGAGGCAGCUCCCUCUGACUCCCCGCAGCUCAGAGAGACGCUUCUGGGGCGUAUAAGCGCGCUGCCAGACAUCACUGCCAACAGGUUACAUCCAAACAACAGAGCUGCUUUUCUUCCUCAGCAGUACUACCCACUGCUGGCUGCAGAAAUGCUCACCGCCCUGGAGCGCACCUGCCAGGCACUCAGAGAUGGGACGGACUGUUCUUUGACUUUUGUGGCUCAAACACUUGGAAAAGUGUGUAUCCAGGGGCACAGCGGUUUGGUCCUGGCAGUGCUGGCCCCUCGUCUGUCUGCGUGCACACGCUCAGACAUGGUGUGGCAGAGGGUUUGCUGGAAGCUGCUGGAAAACGUUCCCCAGCGAUGGAUGGAGAGCGUGCUCACCGGGCUGGUGCAGGCUGUUAGUGGGCCGGAUGCACUAGGCAGGAUCAUUGGAAAUCUAGUGUUGGCAAAUAAAAAGGCUCAGUUUGUCAUCACUCAUAAACUUCUGUUACUGCAAUAUAAGUAUGAGACUCAGGUUCUGAGAAUUACUCUGGGUUACCUUGCAGCAGACCGGGAUCGCAGACCUCUUCUUAUCCAGGUAGUACGGUCUCUGGCCCAGGCCUGGGCUAACUCCAGUGCAGUGAAACACACACCUCUAGAGCAGCAGUUAUAUGUCAGCAAAGCUCUCCUGCUGAGUGUGAGCCUGCUGAAAGACUCUGAGAUACAGGAGCUACGCUCAGAGUUACUUCAGUGUAUGCUUGGUGGCAUGCAGAGCCACCUUGACAGCAAUGUGUUGCAGAUCAGGCGUAUGGGGAUGGUGGUGGGAGAGUACUUGAGCUCCCGCAUGGACAUCAAUGGAACCAAGCUUAAAUUUGAGUAUGAUCAGGAUGAAGAGACUCGUGAACUGCUUUCUCUCUUGGUUCCCGUUGCUUGCAAUGAACCAGAGGCUGAGCCUGUAAAUAGACCUGACUCUCCUGAAGAGACCAGUGAAACGAGUGAAUCAGCUCAAAAUGCAUCAUCACAAAAUACAUCUGGACCUCUGCCAUUAAAACCUGAUCCAGACUCUGAUCUUGAUAGUGAUGAUGAGCUCACUCCCUAUGAUAUGUCUGGAGAUCAGGAGAUCAGUAAGGCGGCCCCACCUCGCUACCUACGAGACUGUGUGGAAAUUUUAAGGUCCUCUGAGGACCCGGUGCGCGUGGAGCUCGCUUUGAAAGCGGCUGAGAGUUUGGUGCGGAAGAACGCUUUCACAGCCAGAGAGAUCAGUGUCCAGAUGUCCAAAGUUCUGCUUCAUAUGGAGGACAAAUACAGCAUUGACGGCUUCCUGUUUCUCAGACAAGUGACUAUGGUGGCUCUCACUGUCACUGACUGUAUUCCUGUAACUCAGUAUUUAACCACAGAGUUUUACUCCUUGAACUACAAUCUCCGCCAGAGGCUUGAUAUCUUGGAGGUCCUUGCCUUAGCAGCUCAAGAGCUCUCUAGGCCAGUCACUGAAAAGAGAGAUCCAUCCAUAAGCUCUGCUGCAACAGCUGAGUCGACUCCAUACCCAGGAGACAACCCUGUUCACUGGCGACAAGUAGUAGAGAGGCGAAUCCAAAGCAAGACAAAAUUCCUCAGUAAGAGAGCUACUCAGACCGGGGGAAAGGCCACGCCAAACCGCUAUGCCCCUGUUGCCGGACACUUCUUUUUUCCUCUGCUUAAAAACUACGACAAGCCUCAGGUGACCUUUGACCUGCUGGGCGGUGACCACCUGGUGCUGGGCAGGCUGAUUCACACUUUGGGCCUCUUUAUGCAUCUGGCAGUCAAUGCACCGAUAGCUGCACAGAUGGGCUGCGCUUUGCUGGACUUUGUGUGGGCGGUACGCUACCAUACUGACCAGAUGGUGAGACGAGGCGUGCUCUUUGCCGUUUGCUCUGUGUUUCUGAGCAUGCCCAGUCAAAACCUGCUGGUGGGCCUCAGUGAUCAGCUGUUUGAGACCAGAUCUUGGCUAGCAGACGUGGCUGAAGGAGACCCUGAUGCAGAUUGCAGGAGCCUGGCCGUGCAGAGCCUGGUGCUGCUGGAUAAGAGCCUGAAGAAGCAGCUACAGGAUCCACAAGCACUGAGCCAUAAUCACAGCAGUGACAUUCUGCGUGGGUGAAUGCUCACACAUGCAGAUGAAUUUAUCUCUAAUAUAGAGACGAGGGUACUGGCUGUGAUUGAAUUCAUGUUCUGGGUAUUUAUGGCACGAGGGGCCGACCUGGCAGUAAUGGAUGAUCCAGAUCUUCCAAUGUGGGAUGUUCAUUGAUCUCAGGAGCUACUUAUUGCAGGUGCUCAUUCUUCUUCUCGUCCUGGAGCAUACAGUCAACCAGAGAGUUGAAGAAGGAAACAUCUUCUCAUAGGUGUGAGAAUGGUACAUACACACAUGUUCGUGGUAAAUUGUGGGCAUAUAAUUUAUUGAGCGAUUACAAUAUUAGAAUGAAGAUUAUGUUUGCAUAACAUAAAAAAAAAAUGUUUAGAGAGAGAGAGAAAACUUUUGUUAUGAGGAUAUCCUUUUCAGCUUCUUUCCUGUCUGGGCACUCUGUAAUCCUGUGAAUAUUCAUAUGCACUGACAAAUAAUGGAAAUACUGCUUCUACUUCCUGUUGUCACAGUCAGAGGAAAGUCUGCCUCCGUAUCUCAUGAUGAAAUGAGACUAAAAUGGCCAUUUUAUACUUUCCAUUACUAGUGUAUUUGAAUUAUUAAAUAUUUGUAUUGUUCAAAAGUUAAAUGUUUUAUAAUUCAUACAAUUGUUUUGCCUCUCUACAGUUUAAAUUUAACACUUCUCCCCAAAUAUUUGUCUAAAAGAAUAAUGCUAAAAGUGCAGUUGGCCAACAGUUUUGUACAUUUUUGGUUAAAGCUGCUGAGAACACUGAUUGUGAUGUCAGUCUUCUGUCAAGUAUAAAUUUGCUUGCAGGGUUAAACAUGGGAAUAAAACUUAAAUGUGU